AACAUCAACCCCCCCCCCCCCCAGUCAAACAGCGGGAGGAGGAGGGCAAGCAGGACCCAGAAGGGGGGAGAUAAAACCCAGAGGGAGUGGAAAGGGACGUGAGAGUGGAGGAGAGACGAGAAAGUGUGUAAGAGUGUGUGUGUGUGUGUGUGUGUGUGUGGUGGGCUCCGCCAGCAUGUCGGGGGAGCGCCCCCAGGCUGACGGUGGCAGCGCCGGCGGUGCGUGUGCCAGCGCCGACCCAGAGCCCAGCCUCGGUGCUGGUUCUGAGGGUGCAGUGCGGCCCAUCGGGGCGGAGGGCCUGGUGUCGCUGCUGGAGGGCGGGCUGGACCACGUGCUGCUGAUUGACAGCAGGCCCUUCGUGGACUACAACGCCUCGCACAUCCUAGAGGCGGUCAACGUCAACUGCUCCAAGCUGAUGAAGCGCCGACUGCAGCAGGACAAGGUGCAGAUCAAUGAGCUGCUGCAGCACUCAGCCAAGAAGAAGUUGGAGCUGCAAGGUGGACAGGAAGUGGUCGUGUACGAUCAGAGCUCCUCCAAUCCCGCGUCCUUGUCAUCGGAGGGCUUCCUCAGCGUGCUAUUGGCUAAGCUCGAGAAGAGUUUCCCGUCUGUCCAUCUGCUGUCAGGUGGUUUUCUGGAGUUCUCCCACCUGUUCCCUGGGCUGUGUGAGGGGAAGUCUGCGCUGGUGCCCUCGUGCGUCUCUCAGCCGUGUGUGCCGGUGAUGAGCGUGGGGCCCACCCGCAUCCUGCCCCACCUCUACCUGGGCUGCCAGAGGGACGUCCUCAACAAGGAACUGAUGCAGCAGAACGACAUCGCUUAUGUUCUCAACGCCAGCAACACCUGCCCCAAGCCCGACUUCAUCCCGGAGUCGCAUUUCCUGCGCGUGCCCGUCAAUGACAGCUUCUGCGAGAAGAUUCUCCCCUGGCUGGACAAGUCGGUGGAGUUCAUCGAGAAAGCCAAGGCUUGCAACGCCAGGGUUCUGGUCCACUGCCUGGCUGGCAUCUCCCGCUCAGCCACCAUCGCCAUCGCCUACAUCAUGAAGAGGAUGGACAUGUCCCUGGACGAGGCCUACAGGUUCGUGAAGGAGAAGAGGCCCACCAUCUCACCCAACUUCAACUUCCUGGGCCAGCUGCUGGACUUUGAGAAGAAGAUCAAGAGUCCCACAGACAGUUCGCCCAAGCCCACCACCUCCACCUCCACCUCCACCUCCGGCUGCAUCUCCUGUGAGGAGGCCCCGGCCGGAGUGCCGGAGGUGGUCUGUGUCCCCCCUUCCGCCGCCGCAGUGGCAGCGGACAUCCCCGAGGAGGCGUCUGCGGAGGAGGCGUCUGAGGAGGAGGCCCUAACGUUCCCUUGCGUGUUAGCGGGCGUCCGCGAGGAGCAGCUCCUGGCCCAGGCCCUGUGCAGUCUGCAGCUGGGCGAAGGGGUGGAGGAGAGUGCCCGGCUCAAGCGCUCCUUCUCCCUGGACAUCAAGUCGUACGGAGAGACGAGCUCUGCUGCCGUAGGUGGUGUCGGCGGCGGUGUCGGUGGAAGCUCUGUUGGCUUGCGAGGGUUUUCAGCACACGGCACCGCCGGCGACGCCCCAGAGGGCUACUACAAGCCGUCGGGCUUCAAGGAGCCGGCCAGCAAGCCCUGCCAGUUCUCCCCGGUGGAGGAGGUGUCGGAGCAGUCCACGCCGGAGCAGAGCCCAGACAAGGAGCAGGCCGACGGGCCCACGGCGAGCACCGCCUGCACCUCCACCAGCACCACCAUUAGCAGCAGCAGCAGUAGCAGCAAAGCUGCCCCCAAACAGCCCAAACCCCCUCCGGCCGCGGCUGCGUGCUCCCAGCAGCCUUUGCAGCGUAGUGGCAGCAUGGAAGGCAACAGCCCCAACGCGAGUGCCAGUGCCAGUUUUAGUGCCAGUGCCAGUGCCAGUUUUAGUGCCAGUGCCAGUGCCGCCAGCUUCCUAUACGGCCUGUCGCGGAGCCAGCAGCACCUGGCCAAGCCAGCGCCCGGGCACAGUCAGGGGCACAGGCAUGGUGCAGCUCUUAAAGGCUGGCACUCGGACAUCCUGCUGGGGCCUGUGGCCGUGUCCUCGUCCUCGCUGGCGGGUGGCUGGUACCUCUCCCACGAGUCGGCAGCGCGCUUCUACUCCACGUCGGCCAUCUUCAGCGCCGCGUACGGUUGCGGCGGCGGCGGGGGAAGUGGCGGUGUGGGUCCGGGGCUGGAGGCGGUGAGGAGGCGCGGGCGCCAGCGGAGCGGGGACCAUGGCGACUCGCGGCGCAGCUGGCACGAGGAGAGCACCUUCGAGAAGCAGCUGAAGCGGCGCUCCUGCCAGAUGGAGUUCGGCGACGGCAUGUCGGAGAGCCGCUCUCGUGAGGAGCUCGUCAAAGUGGGCAGCCAGUCCAGCUUCUCGGGGAGCAUGGAGAUCAUUGAGGUGUCCUGAGAGGAGGCUGGUUGGCCGGCUGGGUCGGGGGUCGGGUUGGGGUGGGUUGUUGUGGUGCAUCCACCCAUAUAAACUUGUCCACAGACUAGGCCUCUGAAAGGGAAGAAAACUGGUGUUGUAUUAUCUGGCGCAAUUUGCGUUUGGUUUUUGUUUUGCGAGCCGUUUUUUCAGUCGGUAUUUUCAAGUGAAGUGGCUAAAUAAUUUUGCAUAGUGGACAGAUUUAUUUUUCUCCUUUUUUAGAAAAAACAAAAACAAAACAAAACUGACCGUGGUGGGUUUUGUAAUGGCCUUGUGAUAAUCUACAUAAGAACUUGCACCUAAAAACAGCUGCACAUUACAGAAUGUUGAAAAGAGAACGCAUUCAAACAUGUUUAGAUUAUUUUUUCAUUAUUUUUUCAUAGUUGUUUGUUUUAACUGAGGACUGAGCCUGAUAUUUGUCUGUGGAUGAGUGUUGCUUAUAACUUUCGUUUCAAUUCUUUUUUUUUAUAUAUUUUAUCCAACCCCACAUUUUUGUCAGACACUCUUACUCAAACUUGGAGCCUGAACCGAAGCAUGAAUGAAUGAAGUUGAAACAAGACUGACGAUUCUUUUUUUUUUGUCCACUCUUUUUCCAUUUUUGUUUCCUGAUUCUCUCCCAAGGGUGGCUAAGUAGCAGAUAUACAGUACCUCACCAAUCCAAAUCAAGGGGUUCAUUUUUUCUUUUUAUUUCAUAACAUUUGUUUUCCUUUUCUUUUAUUGUAAUGUGUUGCUCAUUGACAAUUACAAUCUCAGGUCUUCUAUCGAGCAGUAGGAACAAAAACGAAUGAAGAGAUCCCCAACUGAGAUGGUAGCGGGUGUUUUGUGCUUUUUGUUUUCUUCUUAUGAGGUGACAGAUUUUGAAAAAAAGGUUUGGUGAAAUGAAAUGCCUGUAUAGAAAGCUUUUCAAAACUUUCUUCCCUUUUUGGACUGAUCCUAGAUCAGCAAGCCUACAGAGGACAAGUGAAAAAAAAGUUUCUCUCCAGAGGAGUGUUUGAAUGUGGAUCAGUGUUUUAAAGGGAAAAAAAAGAGGUAAAACCGGACAGGUGUUCUCACCUGUCUUGCACAGGCAGAAAGAGGGUUUGUUUAGUAAGUGGUAGAGAAAGAGUCGGGAACUCUUGUUCAAAGAUACUUCAUAGUGCAAAUUCAGGUGUGUACUUCAUGGCAUCAAUGCGGAUGGCUAUGAAUUGUUGUCUGACACCAACCUCAUGCAGAGUGUGAAGUGAUGAUCGCAGUGUGUCGCUCUUUGCAGUCAUCUUCGCAUAAUAAUUAUUGCACUAUCAUGGUUUGAGAAUUGUUCUAGUUGCGGGGGAAAGAGUUUUUUUUUUAAAGUUAGCUUUUGAUUCGAGCAGCUUAGCACUGCUGUUUUUGAUUGAGAAAAAUGAUGCUGUGCUUUCAGAGUGACUGUGCCUGUUGGUUUAUGGCAGGGAAUCAAAAAAGGACCUUCCUUUUAAUGUUACCACUAUUUGCCUUAAGAUAAUAUCAUCAGGAUUUUAUGUUCUUCCUUUUUAGCCACACAAGCGACAGGUGUUGCAGUCAGGAAAUGAUUUGAGGAAGCUGAUCAGUGAGUGUCAAUGUUUGACAUUUCACAACAAAACAAAACAAAACAACUUUAGGGAAGAUUAUUGAGAGGGUGAACAGGAUCCAAACAGCAGAGCCAGCGAUGCUAUUGGCGGUUGGAGAUAACAUCAGAAGUGCUUCCUCUUCUUUCCAUUGGUCAGAAAAACACCCUCAUGGUUCAACGGAACACCAUCUGAAAAACAAUCAGCAAUCAAACCCCAUAGUCAAACAAAAAAAAGUGAACUUAGUGAAUGUCAAAUGUCCCCAAAAUUAAGGAAAUGAGGACUUUCUAUGUGAACUCACGUGAGAAUGUGGUACACUGGUGUAAAGGAACAAUUGACAGGGAAAUGUAAAUUCAAAUGACUAAAUAUUAUGACCCUUUGAAACGAACACAGAAUGGAAUUCAAAACAAUUUCAACCCAGUUAGGACCCUUAAUGCCGUGUCAUGGUGUCUGAACUUAUGAUUGGAGCGGUUUCACUUGAAACCAUUGCAUAGGAGGACACCUCCAAAAAUAUGAUCUUCAGGUUGUAGUGGAAAUAGAUCUGAUACACCAGCAACUGAAGUUUGAAGGGACAUCUCUCCUCCUAAAAUAGUGUGUUCCUCUUCUCAGUCCCUCUAGUCUUAACAGAAAUCCUCUCCUCAAAUGAAGAUCCACUCCUCCAUGAAGAUGUCCUUCAUCACAGCCACCAAAAUAUCACCACACGAUUUUCUUUUUAAAACACUGUUGGUGCUGUUUUAUUUUAUUACUGACGAUACUUGUCAGCAGUGUUUAUUGACAUGGCGGUCCACGGGGUAAUAUUCCCUGCUGAAGGCACAGGGAUCCACAGCUGACAUGACUUGUCCCUUUCACACUGUCAUUUAAUCAGCCUCGUUGUUUCACCCUUCAUCGUCAUCCUCCAGAAGCUUCAAGAUGGCUGUUUAAGUUAUCAAGUCUACAGUGGCAGCAGUAUUAUUUCCUGCAUUUGUGUAAUCCAUCUAGCGACUUACAGCUCAGCGAAUGAGAGCGGAGUUAGUUGGUCUGUCAGCUGGAAAGAGGCAGGGUUUAAGUUAUGUCCAGGGUGUACUGACAAAAAGCAUGUUUUUGAAUGAAGUUGUAUGAAAUAGAGCACGACUACAUCUUGGACUUUGGGGUUUUAACACUCUGGCUAUUGAAAACAGUCAAACAUUACCAUAAGUAAGUCGGAACUUGCAACCGCAGUGCUCAAAUAUAUUUGAAACUCAUCUUGAUUUCUGACAAGUAAAGGUUGAAAGGAAUAGCAUAUACUCCAGAGGGUGAAACUCUUGCAAUCUCCCCAAUUUUCCUGUGCCUGCCUGUCUAUUGUAUGUCAUUCUUUUUAUAUUACUGUUUUAUUUAGUAGAUUUUUUUUCUUUUUUAAAAGAAAAGAAGGGAUUUGAGUCGAGAAGUAACAGUUCCAUUUAAUUGAAGGCUUCCCCAAAGCUGUGAACAGAACGAGGGACUUCACACAGAUGGAAGUCUGUAUGUCUGUGUUUUAUUUUGUAAAACUGUGUAUGUAAGUAACUCUGUAUAGACAUUUGAGGUUUGCAAAAAGGCAGUGUUGUUCAGGUUGACCGCUUCUCUCGAAAGACGAACAGCAGACAAGACAAACCACCAGGUAACUGCAAGGUCACUUGGAAGGUCAGGGCAGAGGGAUACACUGAGAGCUGAUGACUGAAAAGUUUUUGGAAGGUACAGGUCUGUAUGUAGCACAGGGUGAUCGCUGGUAGUCUAAAGCAUCACAUCCAAAUUCCAAUAUCUAUUGCCAAUAAAUGUAAGCAAUGAACCAUUGAUUUUUUUUUUGUGAUUAAUGUUAUGGAUUUAUAAAAAAGCUGACAAUACUGUACAGCAUCUGGAAAACAGAGAUGGUACCUGUGUGGUGUGUGCAAGGAGGCCUCUGGCAGCGUUUGAGAAUAUAGUUUGCUUUUCUUUUCAGCAGCGCGAACAGAUUUCCAUAUUUUAUGAAGUUCAUAUUGAUGAGCAUUAGUUGUAUGUUGACUGUUGAAAUAAAGGUUGAAACGGUACUCAA